CCAAACUUGAGAUUCAAAAACUGAAAGACCUCCAGGGGAAGAAGCAUCAAAGCUUCCACCCCCUUGAUAUCUUCGCCUUAAUUGCAAUCUACCUCUCACUUUCUUUCUUCUCCCAUAUAAAACCCUGCUCUCUUCUCUUAAUUUCUAUUGCUUGCUGUUUUGCAAUGAAAAGCUGCUACCUUUCUGUUACAUAUUAAUUCAUUUUCACCUUAAAUGCUCUUCUUAUCUUUCUAUAUUUCGUUUCAUGAUACAUAUUUUCAAACAGAUACUCAGAAUCUCACUCUGAGCUUUUUCUUUAUUACUUCAAACCAUCAACUUCUUUCGAAUUCUUCUCCUUCUCUGAUCUUUCAAGAUAAUGGCUAUCGUUUCCGAUCAAAAGCUGAGGAAGAGUUUUUCCGAAGAAAGAAGGCUUUUGAUGCUUAAAGAUUAUCUUCUAGAUGAUCUGAGUUCUUGUUCAUCCAACGGCUUCAAAUCAUUUCCACGUCGACAAUGCUGCACGACCGUCAGAUUUCUCCUCGAGGUCGAUCUUAACACCAAACAUUCACAUUCACAGAAAUACAACGCUAAGCCGUCGUUUCUUCGAAGAAGUCGUUCAAAGGCUACUUCCACAACCAUCUCUGCUCUUCACAGAGCUUCAGAGGUUCUGCGUAACGCCGUUAAGCAAAUUCCGUUUCCUACCGUUAAGUCUCCUUCACAGUCGUCCACACAACAAAAACGCAAAAAAGGACUUCUCCCCAGAAGUUUUUCACGUAAGCUGUUGAAAAGAAGCUUUUGGAGAAAAGCAGCUGAUAAAGAAGAACAUACAAUCAAACGGUGGAAAGUGUUCCAAGAGUUCCUAGAAGAAAAACACCAACCGUCCAAUGAAAACUCCCAUCAACCCUCCACAACAACUUUAACUUCCCACAGGGUUUCAACAAGUACCAGCAGUAAGAGUAAUAGUGCCAGCUGGACAGAGAGUGAUUUCGCAAUUUUACGGUCAACAAGCGGUAAUUCUGAGAUAUCAACUUUAAACGACGUCGAAGACAGUAAAGUAAAGAGAGUGAUCAGCAGCAGAGUUGGCGUAAUCGUCGGAGGGGAUUCCAUCACCAACUGUGAUGAAGAUAACACAAAGGAAUGGCCAAUUGAGGAAGAGAAGGAACAAUUCAGUCCAGUGUCUGUGCUUGAUUGUCCAUUUGAAGAUGAUAAAGAUAGUAGCUCUCCUUCUUCUCCUUUCCAAAAUAGACUUGCCCGCAUGGAAGGAACUAAACAAAAGCUUAUGCAAAAGAUCAGAUGCUUUGAAACUCUGGCUCAUUUGGAACCGCUGGACUUAGAGAAGAGAAUCGCUUUCUCAGAACUCGAGGAUGAAACUGGUGAAUCUCCGUUUCAAUCUUGCUCGUUGUUUGAUGAUGAAACGGAGAAGAAAGUGAGCAAACUACUUAAGGAGGUAAGAUCAUCGACUCAGUCAGAUAGUUUAAUGUGCAAGGCAGAGAAUCUACUUUCACACUUUUUCAGAGAAAAGAUUGAAGAAGAAAAUGCAAGAGUGGAUUGGAAAGAGUUGUUGAAGGUGGCACAAAAUUGGAUUAAUGGAGAAUCCCAAGAAUUGUUGAUGGGGUGGGAGGUUGAAAGUGGAAGAAAAGUUUAUGUUAAAGAAAUGGAGAAAAAUGGGAGGUUUAGGAAUGCUGAGGAGGAAAAAGAAGAGGUGGGUCUGGAUUUGGAGGUUCAGAUUUUCACUACUUUAGUGAAUGAGUUAGUUCUUGAUAUCUUCAUGCAGUGAUCAUGUCAACUUUGUUGACCGAUUGUGGAUUAUUAUUUUUGUUUUCUUUUAUUUUAAUUAUUCUCUCAGGUUAGAAGUUGUCACCAAGCUUAUCUUUAGUUAUGAGAGCAAGAAAUCUUUCGAAGUUGGUAAUAUAUUCUCUUGAAUAACCAAAAAGGAAUAACAUCCUCUGCUUCUGAUCUCA